UAAUUAUCUCUCGCUUCUUUAUUAAGCUCACCUUAGAUACUUAUUUGAUUGUUUUGAGAUUGAAAAUUUACAUUUUCAUCUUAUGCUUCUUGCAAUUUCUUUUUUAAUCUUUCCUAAUUUAGAGGCUCGAAAUAUAUUGGUCGAUGCCUACUGAAUCUAUAAGUCAUUUCGUGAUUGUCACUAUGUUAAAUGGUACUCAAUCAACCUUCAAAUCCAUUUUCCAACAGCUGAUCACUUGAUCGUUUGCAUUUUCCAAACUCCAAUGUUUUGAGACCGACAAAAGGUGUUUCCACUGUGUGCGCAUUAAACAAGAAUAACAUAUGAAUAUUAUCUGUGUGAUAUUUGUGGAAAAUAAAAAUAGAAGUUGAAUAGAAUAUAAAGGAGAGAUUGCAGAGAAAGAUAUUUGAUCUAUUAUAAAACGAGACGAUACCUGUCAAGGAAGUUAAUAUUCGACAUGCUACAUUUAUCUGUAAUCUGGAAUAAUUGAUGAAAUAACACCACAUUACAUGCACUAACAAGUCUAAAUUUGUGGCAGUAUAUUCACGGAGCAUAAAAUGGAUGACGACAUAGACACUUUGUCAGAGGAGAUUGACAAAUUAAUAUUACAGAAUUUAGAUUUAAUGGAGGAAAAGAUUUGUAAGAACCUUGAGAUGGAACAGUUGCUGAAGGGCGGUCACAUUGAGUUGGCCAAAACAAAAUAUAUCCGUGGAAAGGAGAACAUUAGUAUGCUACAAGUGCCAAAUAACGAAGAUACAGUGACAUCGUUAUUUGAUCUGGAGACUCUUGAGGUACUGGAUGAUAACUACGCGGAUCGUUUUGAUAUAAAUCUGAAAAAGUUAAACGGCAAAGCAGAUGAACCGAAAGAUCCCAUUAAGUGGUUUGGCCUAUUGGUGCCGCAAAAUUUGAAGACUAGUCAGCAAUGCUUUCAGCGCUCCAUUUACCUUGCCGUGAGCAUAGCAAAUAUACAGGCAAACCUUGUUUCUCUAACGUCGAAACUUGAAAAAUUGUAUACUCAAAAAGAUAAUUUGCGUCACCCAAAACAACAAAAUAAUACAACUUAAUAAAAAGUAAAACAACAUA